GCCAGAAAGUUGGGGUUCUGACUCCUAGGCUCGAUCUGAGCAGUUCUGAAUUCACUCUUAUCCGAGCACUGAUCAAUCAAUGACAAUAGCACUAGAAAGCUCAGGAACGCUCAUCUGUUGAUGUUUCGCCUGUUCCCUGGUCGAGAUGAGAGCUGUUGCGUCUCGGCUCCCAAAGAGAAUCGGUGCGUGCACAGCAUUGGACGCAUCCGUAUUGAAAGAAACCCUUGGUAGAUCUAAAAUGCUGGCCCGUCCAACUAUCCAGCUCCAUCGUGCGGCGCCGGCGUCAGAAUGUGCUCGAUUUGGAGGCCUAGCUGCUGCCUCUCACCUGCGGAAAGUUGCGAUCUGUGAAGGUCAGCUGCGAACACUCUUCUUUGGACGUUGCUUGGCUAGCCCCCCCUUCUGCAGAAAGGAGCGGUUUUUAGAAAAGCAAGGAAUCCAUGCAUCUUCCUCAAGCCAGGAGCCACGAUACAAGGCCCUGACUGUGGACAUUGGGGGGACGUUUCUCAAGACGUCAGUGCCUGUGGCUGAGGCGUAUGCCGAAAUUGGGAAGAAGUAUGGAGUAACGGCGACCCCUGACGACAUCAAGAAGGGGUUCAAGGCAGCCUUUGCAAAGCCAUGGCCUGACCGCCUUCGUUACGAGGGUGACGGCCGGCCCUUUUGGCGGCAUGCUGUCGCUACUGCCACAGGGUGUGACAACACUGAUUACUUUGAAGAACUGUAUCUGCACUAUAGUCGAGGCGAUGCUUGGAAAGUCGAGGAUGGGGCUGAAGAGGCCUUGUCAAAGCUGAAAGCAGCGGGUGUUAAGCUUGGCGUCGUCUCCAACUUCGACACACGCCUGAGGCCCGUGCUGGACGAUCUUGGAGUGUCCGACCUGUUUGAUGCAAUCAUCGUGUCAGCGGAGGUCGGCCACGAGAAGCCGGCGACGGAGAUCUUCCAGGCUGCACUGAGUGCUCUGAGCAUAAGCCGGUCAAGCGAAGCUGCUCACAUUGGCGACGACCGUACGGCGGAUGUCGAUGGAGCAAAAGCCGCUGGUAUGCAAGCCUGGUUGUGGAAGGAGGAUGUCAAGACCUUCGACGAGCUUGUAAGACUGAUCUUAUAGCAGGCUGCCGAGGAUCCUCCUCAAGUGGCCGAUAUAUCUUGAAUGCAAUCAGUUCGUUUUCAGCGGACGGCUGUGUGAAACUUGAUGGAGGGCAAAGUAGCCGUACUUUCAAAUCCGUGCUUCUCCCAAGUUUUAGCCCAACCCGUUCGCAAGGCCUCACGAGUCACCAGGAAACCCUGCCCUUAGCCGGAUGGUAGUGAGAUUUCUUCCUGCGAUGCCAUGCAAACGAUUGGAUGUAGGUCAUGCUACCCUGUAAUGAUAGCAUGCUCAGACCCUGCCUUCAACGGGUUUGGCUCGAGCGAGACAGGCCGACCAUCUGCCAAGCCGGUGACCAGAAUAACUAGCUCUCCAGAUUGAAAGUAGAUGCACCAAGAGCUCGCUACAAGAUCGGCGCACGAAUUGACGGGGACCCUUUGACCAGCGGAAUGUUUCCGAACUAUAGAAAGC